AUGGUUUACCACGGCGGUAUGGCGAGUCCGCCGCCGAGCGAUGGUCUUGUCCCUGCCUCAUCGCCCACGCUCCCCUCAUCACCACCCUCACGAAGUAUACGAAAGGAAAAGCGAAAGGCCGUUUUGACGCCUAGGAAGUUCAGGCGGUUCUUCACGCCGCGAGGCAUGUCCUCUCAAAACUCGAGACCGGCUCUUUCCGAGAUGAGCAGCCCUGCAGUCAACGCUCAGCAGACGCCACCACGAUUCAGCCAGGGAGGUCCGGAGCCCAUGUCACCAACGUCGAACGCAAGCUUGUUGUCUCCUUUUGGAAGUGAAGAUGGACCAAAGAAGAGGAAACGAGGCAUUGUAAAUGCGAUACCUAUGAAGUUGCCACAGCCCUCUCGCGGAUCGAAUACGAAAGCAUCGAGGUCACAGGUGGAGGAUUUGGAGGAAGACGAGCUACCAUUGGGUCGAAGUCCUCUUGCCAGGCCUCCGUUGGCCCAGAGCGAGAAUGUUGAAGACCAGGUAAUGGGCUCGCCUGAAGCACGUUCUUCUACAGCUCCUCGGCUGCCGUCCUUGGGAGGGAGAUAUCCAAACGGGCCGCAAAAUUCGCCAGAUGAAUUUGCGCGGAAGCUCAGUUCUUUAACUGCAAACAAUUUUGCAGCUCUAACUUCUGACGGGCUGCGGUCCCGGUCGACUUUGAUCGACUACUUCAAAUGCAAUCGCUCAGGCGUCCAAACUUCCAACAAGCACAAGCCCUUUACAUCCUUUGCGAAGCCAGUGCCAUCAUCCAGAGAAGAUUCCCCUCCUCCACAGUAUGAACCCCAGCAUGUGAUCAAGCUUCGCAACCGCGGGUUCGGCGCACAACUUCUACUUCGCGAACAGGGAAGCACCCCUAGGCCAGGGCGUCAGCAUCUUGAAUAUCCAGCUUUUGACUCGAGAGCAAGUACAGCUUCAUUCUGGAGCAAGGGAGCGGACACGCAGAUGAUCAACGCGCACCUGACUCAAUCGAAUACCAUUCCUUUCAGUCUGGCAAGUUGCCAUAAUGCCCCUCUCACGGCGAUUGGCGAUGAAGAAGGCUUCAUCCGCUUUUUUGACACGACGACGACCAGAGCAGGAGAACCGCCUAAACCAAAAGUUGAAAUGAUCAUGCAGGGCCAUGAAAAUGCAAUCAUGGAUCUCGCAUUUUCUAAUGAUGAUCUCCGCCUUGUGAGCGCUUGCGGUGAUCGUUCUGGCAAGAUCUUCGACGUCAUGACCCAGACUGUUGCAGCCGAGCUAAAUGGCGGCCAUUUUCAGUCCAUGCGACGAGUCGAAUUCCAGCCAGGCCAGGCCAACGGAAACAUCGUCGCCACAUCCGACCGGGACGGCAAGAUCCAGAUCUGGGAUCUCCGGUGCUGUGCCGCGCCGGCCACUGCGUUCUCCACUCAUGGCCCCGAAGGUGUCAUUCAUAGAGACCGCAGCCUGCCAUCCCUCUGGGCGCGAACAACCAAUACGAUUGAUGGCGCACAUGCCCGUACCGUUGAGGGCAUCACCUCCCCUGCUUCUGUUACUGCUCUGCAAUAUAUGCCUGCCGGCCGCGAGCAUCUUCUCCUUUCUGCCUCUGAGGCGAAUGCCUGCAUUAAACUAUGGGAUACCCGCUACAUCACACCACGUAACAAACCCGACGCAACCCCGCUUGCCGUGACUUCGGAACCGGUAACCCACCGCUGGCGACCUUACGGCCUUACCUCCCUCGCCCUCAGCAGCGAUGCCGCCCGUCUCUAUGCUGUCUGCAAGGACAACACUAUCUACGCCUACUCCACCUCGCAUCUUAUGCUCGGUCACGCCCCCGAACUGUCGUCUCGGCCCCCACGUCAGAAAGCCGGCUCCGCAGUGCAGGGUCUAGGUCCUCUUUACGGCUUCAAACACGACAUGUUCCAUGUUAAGUCAUUCUACGUUCGUUGCGCGGUCCGCCCGAUCUCUAUUACUGGCACGGAGCUCCUAGCCGUUGGAAGCGACAAGUGUGCCCUCCUCUUCCCCACUGACGAGCGCGCUAUGCGGGAACGUUGGGACACUCAGAGCCACCUCCCUCCCUCCACCACUGACCCGAUCGACGCUGCGAUGACCUCCAUUUCUCAUUCCAGAGGCCUCUCCAGCCAGGUUCCGAUUGUACGUAACGGCACGCCUCUGAUUCGAGGCCACCGCCGGGAGGUCACAGGACUAAGUUGGACCAACGAGGGCAAGCUCGUCACCAUCUCGGAUGACUACAUGGCGCGGCACUGGCAGGAGGACAGCGAUCAUAGUGUGGAUGCCGCGGGCGGUGGUCCGGCGUGGGACCUCCGCACCUGCGGCGAAUUCGGCGGAAGACGCCAUAUGUCGGGCUAUGCCGACGUUUCGGAAGACUGGGAUCAAGACGACGAUGACGACAUGCACUCCGAGUGCUGA